ACACGAACCACUGAAACCUCCCAUUCGCCACAGCUCUCUUUUCUCUCUCUCUCUCUCUCUAUAUCUCUCCCUCAACACUUCUCUUUCUUCACUGCCAUGGACAAUCAACGCAACCCUCUUCUUACUUUUGCUUACUACUGCCAAGGAAAGAGUAUGGAAGAUCUAAGGCAUUCACUUUUGUGCACGACUAUUGAGCUGGAACAAACGAAGAUGGUGGUUCAAGAAGAGCUUAAAAAGAGAGAUGAUCAAUUGCUUCAACUCAAAGAUCUGCUAAGCAAAGUCAUCAGAGAAAGAGAUGCCGCUCAAGAGAAAUGCCAAAGACUUCUUUAUGAGAAGCUUUUGUUCCAACAACAACAACAUCAGCUUCAACAACAACAACAAUUUCAGCAGCAGCAAACAACAGCAGCUCCUCUCUCUGGAAUUUCAAGCAUUGAAGAUGAUCCCAGAAGGGGAAUUGACUCCAACAAUGGAUUCUCUUCAUCAGAUUGUGAAGAAAGUAUCGUUUCAUCUCCAGUCAUUGACCCAAUGCCUCCACCACCACAAACACAAUUACAACCAUCAGUAUCAGUACAACCACAAGCGCCUCAAGAACCAACAGUUGAGCUAGUGCCUGAGAAGCCAUUACCUGAAAAGGGAAAGCUUUUACAGGCAGUUAUGAAAGCAGGUCCACUUUUACAGACUCUUCUUUUAGCUGGACCACUGCCUCAAUGGAGACACCCACCACCUCCACUUGAGUCCUUUGAGAUCCCACCAGUAACCAUACCUUCACCACCACCACCACCACCUCCCUUGCCACAACUCCUUCACCAAGACUCCCUGAUCAGCGUCAAUGCUUGCAGUAGCAUUCUAAACAACUGUGCUAAAGUCAACAGAAAAAGAGUUCUUUAUGAUGGGUCUGAUUCUCCCAUAGAGACCAAGUAUCAAAGGGUUCUACUCCCUUGACUCACUCUCCCUCUGUCACUACUACUACUACAAAUUAGCCUAAAUAGUUUGAUUUUUGUUAUAAUUUACCCAUUUUAAUAUGAUUAUAGGUUAGUAGAGUUGGAAUUGUAAGGUGGGUAUGUGACUGAUCUCUGAUCUAGCUUUUGUACAGAAGUUUGUUGUUAAAAAAAAGGAAGAUAUCCCAACCCAAGUUUAACUCAGUGGAGAAAGAAGAAGAGUAAAGACUAAAAUUAGUGUUUCUUUUGCACAUUUUAGGGUUGGCUUGAACUUGAUUUUUGCCCAAAAUUGACAGUGGGCAUGGGUUGUGAAAUGUAACUUAAAAGGCACUAGUUUAGCAAGUGGCUUGUGUUGGUGAAAGUGAGAUUUUUUUUUGUGUUAUGAAGAAGGUUAAUGGGUUUGGGUGUGGGUGUGGGUUUGGAUGUGGGUUUGGGUAUUGGGUGUGGGUGUGGAGUUGUUGAGUAAGGCCAACAACCAGAAGGUCUAAGAACCUUGCUUGUCGGGUUAAAUGGUCCCACAAAUCAGAAUCAGGAUCUACUAAUGGUGUGAUUGUAUGAUUAUAUUAAUCCUUUUUUGAGGGAAAGUUUAUGAUUAAUUUAUUUCAAUGCUAAUACUACUUACUUAAGUCACU